CAGAUCGUAACGACGCGAUACCCAGCCAGGUCCGGGUAUUCGAUCAUACGGUAGUCACUCGGUAGUCCAUUGCGCGUAAAAGACCUGCCAAGAUCCACGGUUACGGAUGCCAUUUAGCUUGUUAUACGAUUUCAUCGCAUUGGUGCAGUGGUUCUGAAACUGUGCAUCUGAUACUAAGGAUUCAGGUGUGACCUCCUAUGGGAAAUCUACUUUUCUACGUUUUAGCGCAGUGUCGGUCUUCCAACAUAGACGCCAAAGCGGUGAAAGCCGCGGGAUGAACGAGUACGAGUUCUCCGUGAUCUUCCUCGUAUACAGAGGAAGAGUAUUCAAGAAGUCUUAAAAGUGAUAUAUUACCAAAUUGACCAAAAUGUCUCUUGGAAAACGUAUAUCUGGAGCCGUCGCGGUCCUCAGAGGCGCUUCGGAAGUUAAAGAAGCACAAACGUCGUGUUCCGAUGAGAUCGAGAAAAUAACGACCGUGGAAGAAGAGAAGAUUUGCCCCGAGAAGAAGACACCGCUUGACAGAUUACAACUAGUAGUGGAUUGGUUCGGAGAGAACACGCUCUUGGUUCUUACGAUCAUUGGAGUGUUGGUGGGUCUUGUUCUUGGAUUUCUUGGUCGAUUAGCCAGUCCUUCGCCGCAAACCAUUACUCUUCUCAGCUUCCCUGGAGAACUCCUUAUGCGACUAUUGAAGAUGUUCAUUCUGCCACUCAUUGUUUCGUCGCUUAUCUCCGGAAUGGCGCAAUUAGACCCUAGGGGUUCGGGAAGAAUGGGAUAUAGAGCAUUGAUAUAUUACACCGUAACGACCAUUCUUGCGGCCAUAGUUGGCAUCGCAAUGGUGCUUAUAAUCCAUCCCGGUGAUCCUAGAAUCAAAACCACCAUAACCGCGCCUAAGGCGGAUAUCGCAAAAAUGUCUACGUUAGACGCAAUUCUCGACAUAGUUAGAAACAUGGUGCCGGAAAAUUUGGUGCAGGCGUGCUUCCAGCAGGUGCAGACCACUUACGUGACGACGGAAGUGAUUGCCAUAGGAACAAAUGAAAUCAGUCAAGUUCUCCAGCCAACAUUAAUAUACAAGGAUGGAACGAACGUGAUGGGAAUGAUAGUGUUCUGUAUUACGUUCGGCCUUCUCGCUGGACAAAUCGGCCCUCGAGGAAAAUUGAUGGUCGACUUCUUCGUGGUUCUGAACGAAAUAAUCAUGAAGUUCGUCAGCAUUAUUGUGAUGUGGUUCUCUCCGUUCGGAAUCAUGUGUUUGAUAGCUGGUAAGAUAAUGUCGAUCAACAAUUUGACGGCAACUGCUCAGAUGUUGGGCCUGUACAUGGUGACGGUCAUCGUGGGCUUACUGAUUCAUGCUAUAAUCACUAUGCCAGCGAUAUUUUGGUUUAUAACUCGACAGAAUCCUGCCGUGUUCUUCAAGGGUAUGAUGCAAGCUUGGAUUACAGCUUUGGGAACGGCAUCAAGCGCUGCAACUUUGCCUGUAACUUUCCGAUGCCUCGAAGAAAACAAUAAAAUCGAUCCACGUGUAACGCGAUUCGUAGUCUCAGUCGGGGCUACGGUGAACAUGGAUGGAACUGCUCUUUAUGAGGCGGUUGCUGCAAUUUUCAUCGCCCAAAUGAAUGGAAUCUCGUUAGGAAUAGGUGAAGUCAUAACAGUCAGUCUCACAGCAACCUUGGCCAGUAUAGGGGCAGCAAGUAUUCCCAGCGCAGCUUUAAUUACGAUGUUAUUAGUGCUCACAGCUUUAGGUUUACCAACGAACGACAUUUCUCUAUUAUUUGCAGUUGAUUGGAUGUUGGAUCGAAUCAGGACUUCGAUCAACGUUUUGGGUGACGGGUACGGAGCUGGAAUAGUUUAUCAUUUGAGUAAACAUGAACUGGAGAAAAUGGAUCAAGAAAGGAAAUUAGAGGGUCUUGAAAUGGGGACACCUCUUGAGGAUAUCUCAGAGAGUUGUCAACGCGAGAGCGUACCUGCUCCUGAGGAAAGUUCUGAAACAAAGAUUUGAUUUGCAAGAAUAUUGAUCUUCCUCCGAAUACUCUCUUUAGCUCCUUGUACGGUAACAUAAAAGAAAACUCUGCUCACUCACACGAUCAAGGAAUUAUCAUCACGGUAUCGAAUGGAAUUGGUAGAAAUGAAACUUUAUUUUCUCACUGCCAACAAAGUUUUGGAUUUUUGAUCAAAUAAAAAUUGUUGAUAAGUUACAAAUGUUUUAAGACUAUUAAAAAAAAUAUUGUCAAACUAUUAUUGUUAUACAGAGUGUAAUAAAAAUGUGAGCAUGUUAAGUACAAAAUAAUAUCAUUCUGAACUGUUUUCUUGCGGUAUGCUGCAAUAUAUUAAGUACUGAUGAAAAUUAAUUGAAAAUUGUAUUGUACAAAGGAUUAAACGUAGCUUUUAUGUAUGAACUGAAAUGUUUAACUUGUUAUGAGAUUAUGUAUGUGUUAUCAUUUAUUCAUUUUAAUAAUCGAAUAAAGAAUUUUAUUCUAA